AUGUUUCACUUUCCACGCAGUCAAAGCCACCAAGACGACGGAAGGACGCCCAAAGGCGUUCAUGCUUGGCUAGUGGGCGCGGAUAUUGGGUCUCUGGCGGCUGCUGUCCACUUGAUCCAAGAUGCGAAAGUGCCAGGGUCUCAGAUCCACAUCUUGCAGAAUUCGGCAUCGCAAUCUCACAUCCUGGAGGGUUUGCCGGUUAACAGAGCGGUUGAUUCAGCCAUGGAACCUGCCUCGACAGAGCGUAUCUCACCCAGGCACAUAUUGAGCCGGAACUACAUUUGUACCAACGAUCUGCUGUCACGAAUCCCGUCACUGAACAAUUCCAAUACCACUAUCCAGGAGGAACUGCUCGAUCUCGAGAAUGAUAGACUCUCGGAUGAUUUCCAGACCAAAGUGAUAGUCAACGAAGAUCAUAAGAUGGAAAUUCUGGACGGCAGACGGCUUGGCCUCGGCGUGAGUGACCGAGUCCGUAUUAAGAAGAUGAUGCUGGCGAGCGAAGGUAGUGGCAUGAACAAGAGAAUCAUGGAUAUUUUUAGUGCGGAUUUCUUCCAUGGCAAGUUCUGGAGCAUGUGGGCGACCAAAUUUGCAUUCCAACCAUGGCAUAAUGCGGCAGAAUUCCGGCGCCAUCUUCGAUAUAUCCACGAUUUUGCCAACCUUCAUACGUUGAGCCCUAUCGAUGGUACACCGUACGAGCUAUUCAACAGUAUCAUCAUUCCUAUCACCACCUAUCUGCAAAGGCAGGGAGUGGACUUCAGACACAAUUUACAGGUGUUAGACGUGCUGAUGGAACCGGAGAGUGACCCUAGAUUAGUAUCUGGUCUGAAGGUUCAGCAGAGUGGCAAGGAAAGCGUCAUCCCCGUCACUCCAGAGGACAUCCUGAUCGUCACCCUGGGAUCCAUCUACGCGGGCUCAACCUUGGGCACGAACUGGUCUCCACCAGAUCCGAUCCCCGAGGUCAAAGAGUUGACACUCGACGAUUCGUGGGACCUGUGGUUUAAGCUAUCAGGGAAACAUCCGAAAUUUGGAGACCCGUCACGAUUUUUUGCGCGCAUCACAGAGUCCACCAUGGAAUGUUUUCUUGUGACGCUGACAGGCUGGGACUUCGUCGGGCAAUUUGCAGCUCUGGUGCACUCUUCACUGAGUACGAGCACGCUAGUAAGUUUCAAGAACAGCAACUGGGGGUUGAGCCUCAAUGUGCCGUGCCAACCGCAUCUCGCCGGUCAACCGGAAAACACCCAGUUGCUAUGGGGCUAUGCACUGUCACCAUCUCGGGAAGGGAAUUUCAUUCGUAAACCAAUGAGCAGCUGUAGCGGCCGAGAAGUCCUGAUGGAGGUGGUCCAGCAUCUACAGUUCCCCGUAGACCCGAUACUCGAGCACUCCGUCACAGUGACCAGCUUGUUGCCGCUCGCGACAGCGCAGUACCUGACUCGAGAGGAAGACGAACGCCCAAAAGUAGUCCCCGAAAACGCGCGCAAUAUUGCCCUAAUCGGUCAGUUUGUGGAAAUCCCCGAAGAAACAGUGUUUUCCAUGGAGUACACUAUCCGCGGGGCACAAACAGCUGUAUACCAAUUGAUGGGUCUGAAAGAGAAGAAGCCGAAAGCACAUAAGAGCUACUGGGAUGGUUUGCGGACCAUUCUACUUUGA